UAAACAAGCUGUCGCUCUUCUUCCUCCUUCUAGGGUUUCAAAUACUCAAAGCGGCGGAGAUCAAAACAAAUAACUCCCUAAACAAUGGCGACAGCACCACCGGAAUCCGUCCAAUGCUUCGGCCGUAAAAAGACCGCCGUUGCCGUCACUCACUGCAAGCGCGGCCGUGGCCUAAUCAAAAUCAACGGCGUCCCAAUCGAGCUGGUUCAGCCCGAGAUCCUCCGUUACAAAGCCUUCGAGCCGAUCCUCCUCCUCGGCCGCCACCGCUUCGCCGGCGUCGACAUGAGGAUCCGCGUCAAAGGAGGCGGUCACACUUCUCAAAUCUACGCCAUUCGUCAGAGUAUUGCGAAGGCGCUAGUUGCGUAUUACCAGAAGUUCGUUGAUGAGGAGUCGAAGAAGGAGAUCAAGGAUAUUCUGGUUAGGUAUGACAGGACUUUGCUUGUGGCUGAUCCUAGAAGAUGCGAGCCCAAGAAGUUUGGUGGGCGUGGUGCUCGUGCUAGGUUCCAGAAGUCGUAUCGUUGAGCGCUUUUCGUGUUUGGUAGUAUCGGAACUUUGUUUUCGGUUAUUAUUAUUAUUAUUAUUAUUGUUAUGUUUCGUGUUUUUUUGGCGUUGUGGACCUACAAUGAAAUGUUAUUUUAGAAUGUGGUUUCGAUGUUUUGGAUAUUUAAGUUUAUGAAUACUCGGUUUCAAUA